UGGAAACCUUUCAUGAAGACGUACAGUCCAAGGGAACCUGAGAAAGGAGCAGUCGCCCAAGGAAAGAAUACUGAAAGCAGAAGGGAAAAAGUAUGAAGGUCGUUGAGCGCAUACAAAUUCUGAAAUUCUUUUUGUUGGCUUUCAAUGCCCUCUUUGUGAUUCUUGGUGUAGCCAUCUUUGGAUGUGGAGUCUGGAUUUUAUUUGAUAAAAACAAUUUCAUUGUAACAGUAAGCAAUGGGCAGUCCAUGAGGAUUAUUGCUGGUGGACUUUUUGUCAUUGGUCUGGUGGUGGUCACUGUCAGUGCCAUUGGGUACCUAGGAGCGUUAAAGGAAGUCCGGUUUCUUCUGGUAAUGUACAUGAGCCUUCUGAUAAUCAUAUUCCUGGGCCAAGUUUUUAUCACAUUUAUCCUGCUUUUAAAAGAAAAUGAGAUUACCAGAACACUGUCAGAUGAAGUUGAUAAAAUAAUCAUAGAGUACGGGAACGAAACAGAACAGAGCAAAGGGAAACACACGUGGGAUCUCAUAGACACCAUGCAGCAUUAUUGGCAGUGCUGUGGAAGAACUAACUACACUGAAUGGAAGGAGAACACAUACAUAAAGAACCUGGGGGAAAGUGACGUGUACCCAUGCACCUGCUUCAACCGCAGCACAUGCCCACUCCUCGCCACAGGUGCCACCCAGCGGUUCGGCCAUGGUUCAGAAGUCUACGACAUGGGCUGUCAAACACGUAUGGAGGACUGGAUAUUACAGAAUGCGCUUGUAAUACUAGGCAUGGACCUUGGACUGGCUCUCAUUCAGGUCAUUCAGUUUACUCUCUGUUUGUAUUUGUUCCGGAACGUGUUGAGGAAAAUGAAGGAGAAACGAAACAUGGACAACAGCUCCACAGCGUCUUCCACGCCGCGCUCCAGCCUCACUGAUGAGAGGCCUCUGUACCACUGA